AUGCAGACGACCAUAUGUACCGCAAAGGCAUCCUACAAAAAAGCUCCCGGUCUGCUCGAACUCACUAACACCCAUCUCCAAUGGACUCAGGAUGGGAAGAAGACUCCAGCGGUACGCGUCCCCCAUGCUGAGGCUUUCUCGCUAUUCUGCAGCAAGGACGGCGCGCCGCAGGUUAGGCUGAAGAUUGGGCUCGUAGGCGAUGAUGCGGGGCAUAACUUUACAUUCACCUCACCGCAACCAACUUCGAUAACUGAACGCGAGAAAUUCAAGAAGGAGAUGACUAUGAUCAUAAGCCGGAACCGAAGCGCGUCAGAGUUGGCCCCCAAGCUGGCUUUACCUACACCUCCCCCUGCCGCACCCGUAUCAGUGCCAACACCUACUGCUUCUGACCCGAAGUCGCUGCCUGCUCGAAUCGCAACCCAUCGCGCAGCUUCGGUUGCAAGCGAACGUAGAGCGGCGACACCAGUCUUGACGGGGAUUGAUCCAGUCAGCGAUUUUCGUCUUCGUAAGAAGGUCCUAGUUAGCGACCCGGAGCUGGCUGCCUUGCAUCGUGAGCUCGUAAUAAGCGGCCAAAUAAGCGAGGCUGAAUUCUGGGACGGACGCGAGCAUCUCCUCCUCGCACAAGCUGCAUUCGAGAAUCAGAAGAAGGGUAAAUCCGGCCAACUGGUAGAUCCUCGACCAGAAACAGUUGAGGGCGGCGAAAUCAAAAUUCGUAUCACCCCGCAGUUGGUGCACGACAUAUUUGACGAAUAUCCUGUCGUAGCUAAGGCAUAUAACGAUAACGUGCCAAGUAAAUUAUCCGAGGAAGAGUUCUGGAAGCGGUAUUUCCAAUCAAAGUUGUUCAAUGCCCACCGAGCUUCUAUACGUUCGUCUGCCACGCAACACGUAGUUCGGGAGGAUCCAAUAUUCGACAAGUAUUUGGAGAAGGAAGACGAUGGCCUCGAACCGCGACGCCAGGUGACGGGGGAUAUUGAUAUCUUCGUGAAUCUUGGAGCCACACUAGAGGAUCACGGACAGACUGGUAAUGAUAAAGAUGUGACGAUGCAAGCUGGCCGACAAAGGGGAGCGUUGCCGUUGAUCAGGAAAUUCAAUGAACAUUCUGAGAAGCUAUUGAACUCUGCUCUCGGGGAAAAUUCGUCGAAGCGACGGAGAGUCGACAUGAAGGAAUACGAGUAUUCUCAGGUUGACCUAGAUGAUCUCCACGACCCCGAGGCUUCGAAUGGAAUCGUCCUCGAGAUGCAGGAUCGGCAAAGGUAUUUCGAGGGUAGAACGAACGCCCCCGAAGAGACAGUGGAGAAGCUGGACUUGAAGUCGAUGAUCUUGGAAUCGAAGGCCAACUUGUUCAAUUGGGAAUCCAAGUUGAAUCAGCUCAAAAUCGAGAGAAAAUCUGGGGAUGCGGCGCUUUUAUCCAUGACACAGAACGUCGCCGCGCGUUUAGACGUUCGAACUAAGAAAAACGAUAUACCCGAGGGGCUGUUUAGGCAAAUGACCACUUGCCAGACGGCAGCGAACGAGUUCUUACGGCAGUACUGGUUGUCUACAUAUCCUCCCCCGACGGAUGUUCAGACGGUGGUUGCCGCGACCCCCGCACAGCGUGCGGCCAAGGCCGCAAAAAUGAUCGGAUACCUCAGUCGAACUCGGGAAAAAGUUGAUGCCAUUAUAAGAACAGCCCAAGCUGCGGGGUUCGACCCCAACCGAAUUGAAGUGGCCAUGAAACCUCUCCUUGAUUCCGUCAAUUGGGCUCUCACUUCGUAUCAAAACAGAACCAACUCUCGUGUUUGA